AUGACUUCCCGCCUGCUCGUGUAUCUCGUCUCCAUAGUCUCGCUUUGCAUCGUAACCUCAGUCUACUACGCCGCGAUAGACACAAUCAAAAUCCUCUCGCCUCAAGGAUGUCGAAUGUCAUGGAUGUCACCAUCCUAUCUCUUGCAGUCUGGAUUUGAUCGCACGUGGACACCCUUAGCUGAACGGUAUUCGCUCUGGUUGUAUCGCGAAGUAGGCUGGGAAGGGCAUGAGCUGCACGGUGCACCAGUCCUCUUCAUUCCCGGAAAUGCUGGGUCCUCGCACCAAGUGCGUUCUAUCGCUUCCUCCGCGACGCGUCAAUAUUACUCGAACCCUCACCAAGUGGCGUACGAGUUCCGAGGAAAGCCAUUGAAAGCGCUAGAUAGCGGAUCAGUCGAAUUCAAUGAGGACUUAUCCGCCUUCCAUGGCACAACUCUCGACACGCAGAGAAUAUACACAUUACGUGUUAUCGACUAUAUCCUGUCUCUGUAUCCACCAGAUACACCCAUCAUUAUCAUGGGCCACUCUAUGGGUGGCGUCGUUGCCUUGUCUGUGCUCCCUCACCCAAGGGUAUCCGCCAUUAUUACCAUGUCCACCCCUUACACACUUCCUCCAGCGCGUUUCGACCGACGUAUCGACCACAUAUAUUCGACAAACGAGAAGAUUCUGAUGUCCGAGCCGACACCCGUUCUGUCUUUGUGUGGCGGUGCAACCGACCUCAUGAUUCCCUCAGAGUCUUGCAUCCUUCCCGAAGCUCAUGCUUGGGCAAAUGGAUCCAAGCCUUACAGGCGGACAAUAUUCUCGAGCGCACUUGAGGGUAGCUGGACUGGCAUCGGUCAUAGAGAAAUGGUCUGGUGUCAUCAAGUACGAUGGCGCGUCGCAAGGGCAGCUCUGCAGCUCGGUGCUACUUCUACAAGUACAGAACGUGCAGCCGUCCUGGACACAUGGCUCCAUGAUGGCCAGACUCUUCCAUUUGGGUAUCCGUCUUCUGCUCCACCACUGUCCUUGGAAGCAGCCGAGUUCUUGCCUGUCGACCUGCGCCUUGAACUGAGGAAUCCGGCGGGAUCUCGAACAUAUGUCUUGCCUGUGCCUGGUAGUUCUCCUCCUGGCCAAAAGUUCUUGCUCUACGUGUCGCAAGGCAGCAUACCCCCCACCGCCCCUCAUAAUCCUUUGCCUCUUCAUGUUUCAAUCUACUCAUGCGACUCAAGAGAUACCUGUCAACCGCUCCAGCCCAGCAUCCUCAAGCUAAUGCCGAGCCCUCAGCCUGGGAGGCCGUUCCCUGUUCCAGACGAGGGCUCAGACGAGUCCGAGGGUGUCGUAGUAUUCGAAGCAGAGCUUCCUUUGAGCUGCUCUAACGUCGCCGUGAAGAUGGAAUACGCGGACGGGAGAGGCUGGGUGGUAGGUGACUUCGUCUCAAAAGACCCCUUUAUUGCCCGCACCGCGACAUUCAGCCCCUUUCUGUCCCACGUUUCACUUGGGUGGUCACCUUCACAGCUGAAAUCGGCCAUACAACUGCCAAAUUUACUAUCCAAUGCAUUAGUCGUUUACAAGCUGACAGCCAUACUCUCAAGUGGCUGCACAGAAGCCCUCCUCCGGCCGCUUCUGCAGCACACAUCGCAUCCUACGGAGACGCAUUACUUCCCACUAGGGCCGAGCUCACGGAUCCUCCUGCAUACACAUGCCUCAGCUCCAUUCGUAACAUCAGCAUACACACAUGGGGUCAAUCUCACCAUCUACUCGACGGGAGAAAACGCUUGUGCAGUCGAAGAUCUUGCGUUGUCUGUAGACCUCUGGGCAACAUUUGGACGGUGGGGUACACGCUAUGCGGCGCCAGCAGCAAGCUGGGCGGUCGGUGUCGUAGCUAUCCUGCUCUUUGAUGCCUGGCGGACUGCUGAGACAACCGGAAUCAUGCCGAGCGCUGGGUCAUCUCUGACUACGUUUACAUGCGCGAGGCUGCCGAUAUUGCUGCUUCUGGCCCUUCUAACGUCAUUCAUUCCUCUACCAGUCGGUGUGUUGCUAGGUAACCGCGGAGAGUGGCUGCUCGCCCCCAUAGCGCCACUGUUACUACUGACCGUCACCGGCCUUGUGGCGAUCAGCUGGACCAUGGUCCUAGCCCUUAUGUGGCCACUCAAAACCUUGACGAGACGCUUCCCAUCUCGUCCCUCAAUGGUCGCGGCACGACGGACUAGCUCGAUGGCAUCUUUCGGCCUAAUCUGCCUCCUAAUCUUCCUUCUCGUGCCUUGGCAAGUGGGCUUCCUCGGCUGCUGGAUCUAUCACCUCUAUAGUUGCGCAUCCGCAAAGUCUGUCCACGCCGUUUCAGAGGCCGUUGCCAUCCCGCUUAUGACCCGCGACGACGAAGGCGAUAGGCCAAAUGACGAACAGGCUCCACUUCCUGCACAGCUGCCCGCGACGACACAAGAUCGGAGCGCGCAAAACGAGAGAGAGCUCCUCCUCCUGCUCAUGACCUGGCUCCUUCCGCUCGUGGCUCCUGUACUCGCGGUGUGGGUCCGCACGCUCUUUACUGCGGGUUUAACGACACCAUUUAACGGCGAUCAUAAUGUGCUGUAUGUCGCCCCGUUCCUAGUGCUCGUCGACCCGGGUUGGGGGAUGAAGUGGAUGUGGACAUGGACGUGGAGAGGGCAGGCAGUAGGUCCGAAAGCGCGGUGGACGAUGCUUACGCUUGCUGUGGUAGCGUUCGUCUGGGGGCCGAGGUAUACGUACGUCGUGUUCGAGGUGGCGAGUGCUGUGCUUGGUGUUGGAGUGAUCGCUUCUCUUAUGAGGGGAUAG